UAUUGAAGUUUUAAAACGUGUUGCCCAUUGCUAGAUAAUUUAAAUGAACACUAAGUUAAUUUUUAGUGUAAAUAAAUAAAAUUCUUAAGCCAAUUCCAAUUAUCAACUGUUAUAAGCCAUGGGCGUAAGGGGCCUUACUACGUAUAUAAACUCAAACUCUAAUCUCUUUCUAAAAGACUAUUAUUUGCACAACACAAAUUUAGUGAUUGAUGGACAUAGUUUGUGUGCACAGAUGUAUAGGUCUUUGAAUUGUUUUUCAGCAUUCGGCGGAGAUUACGACAAAUAUGCUGCCCAUAUAAGACUCUUUUUCAAACAUUUAAAAAAGUGUAAUGUAAUAUCAUAUGUAAUUUUUGAUGGCUGUUAUGAAAGUAGAAAGCUUAGAACAGCACACAGCCGGUUGCGCUCAAAAAUAAAAGGAGCUUCGCUAUUGGACCCAGUCACCCAAGGAAGCCUUAACAUUUUCCCCCUUUUGCUCAGAGAUGUAUUUCUUGAGAUUUUGAUUGAAAUGAAUAUAAUGUAUACUGUGUGUGAAUUUGAAGCGGAUGACGAACUUGCUGCCUUAGCGAGAUAUUUGAACUGUCCUGUGCUAAGCUUUGAUUCUGAUUUCUUUAUUUACAAUGUGCAAUAUAUUCCAUUUAAUAAAUUGCAGAUUAAACCAGUACAAAUUAAAGAUAAUGACAAUAAAAUUCAUGUGAUUGAGUGCAAAAUUUAUAAAGUUCAGUACUUCACUAAGCAUUUUGGUAUAAACGAAGACCUUUUACCGCUGCUAGCAACACUUUUGGGAAAUGAUUUUGUAGAAAAGAAAAUGUUUUCCAAAUUUUUUUCACAGAUGAAAUUACCUAAACGUAAAACACAGAAGAAUGAACAGCAGCGUUGUAUUCACGGCUUGAUAAAUUGGUUACAAAAUGAGAAUUUAGAAUCUGCAAUUGCCAAAAUAAUUGGAAGGGUGAGAAUAAAUAAAAAAGACCAAGUAUUUGAAACAAUUAAAAAAAGUGUAAGUGGCUACAAUAGAAAAGGCUGCCGUUCAUUAAAAUAUUUUAAUCUUACCAAUGAUCUAGGUGAUGAAGAAUUGGAGAUACAAAUGCCAUUAACAGGAGAUGAUAAUGAUGAACAUGACAGUUCUGAUGUUAGUGAAUCUUCAAGUGAUGAAGAAGACAUGAAAGAAGUUUAUAAUAUAGCUGAGCUUAUUGAAAGUAGUAAAUGUCCCCACUGGUUUGCAGAUUCCAUCAGAAAUAAUUAUAUUCCGCAAAUUUAUUUGAAUCUUGUUGCACAUCAUUUAUUUUUUUGUAAUCCUCAGGCUGAAGAUUAUACUCAAGAAGAUUCAUUUAUUUGUACAUUACCAAUAUUAAGAUAUUCUUUUGAUAUGUUAACAGAUUUUGCCGAAGAGAAUUUUAUAUAUGUCAGUAGGGCAACAGAUGGCAAUUAUAAAAGAAUUUAUGUAGAUCAAAGCUUUUCGGUGCCACGGCCCCUUGAAGUAUCCUUUUGUGAUUUAAGUAAAGAACAGAAGCAUUUAUAUUUCAUACACUUUUUUAAGGAGAAAAUGAUGUUUGAUCCUAGUUUGCUAGAACUAUUGCCAUCCAACUUCCAAAUCAUUGCUCUUUCUAUUUUAUGGUGGAUCUCAAAAUGUGAUGUUACAAUGGCACAUUUAAGUUCAUUGUUAUUAUGUUACACAUAUUUAGAAGCAAUUGAUGAGAAAGUUGGUUGUGUGAGAGGACAUUUAAACUUCAAUAACAAAUAUUCUGCAAAAUUGCAAGAACUGAAAAAGAAACCUCACGACAAAAUAGAUGAUAACGACUUACAGUUAAAUAAAAACAAAGUGCAAUAUGAAGACUGUCUUAUAGCAGCAAGUGUACUUCUAAAAUAUUUCGAAUUAGAUGACAGUAUAAGAAAAAGACCUAAGAGUUAUGAUGUAAGGAGGAUGCAUAUAUUUGCCCAGUACCAGUGUUGCCUGUGUCAAAUAAACUCAUUGAAUAUUUUAUGUGGCCGUCCCUAUGAAAGUACAAGAUAUUCUAAAUGUUACAACGGUACAUUCAUUUACAAUGUUGCCAUGAAACUAGAAUAUGAAGGUGAUCCAACAAUAUUUUGCGCAAAGUAUUUAUCAGGAGCUACCAGUGUAAUUAUGUUUUAUAAAAGCUUAAAUACUAUUUUGAACCGAAUGAUGGAGGGAAUGAACUUGCAGGUGAAAGAGGUGACAAAAGAAAAAAGAAAAAGAACAAGGAACAAAAAGAAGAUUGAAGAUGAUGAUCUUUCAUUUCUUGUAAAGGGUUUUGAAUCUGAUGUUAAAAUUUUAUAAAUAAAUAUUUUUUA